CAUUUAAAUUGGAUUAUAUUGAUUUAUUUGUAACAAAUCGAUUACUAAACUACAAUAACAAUGAAGUUGAUUAAAUUUUCCAACGUGUUGAUUGUUUUCAUCUUAAUCCAGUUGACUAAUUGUCUUGAUUUAGAUGAAGUUGACAAGGGAGAUAUUCCUCAAAUAAUUGAAGCUCGUGGAUUCAUUUGUGAGCCACAUUAUAUCACAACGAGCGAUGGUUAUAUUCUGGGCAAUUUCCGUAUUGUUAAUCCACUGGUGUCUAAAUCAUCAUCGCCAUUUUAUAAUAAACCAUUGAAACCGAUCAUAAUUCAAAGUGGUUUCCUCGGAUCGGCUGCUGAUUUCAUAAUUAACUCGCCAAAAGGAUUCGUUGAUCAAUCAAUUUUGGACAAAUACAAUCAGUUGGAUUUAGUUGACUUCGACCUCGAUGGACGUAAUUUAGGUUUCAUCUUAGCCAAUUUGGGUUAUGAUGUUUGGCUAACUAAUCCUCGUGGUAAUUACUACUCAACUAAUCACUCAAAAUUAAAUUGAUACUGGUAAGAAUAU